AAGGUUGCCAACCCCGGCGGUGAGCUGCAGAUCAUGUUGUCCCCGAUCGACCAAAAUGUUGGCGACGUCUGCCUGCUUGCCGAGAGCCCCUUCAGGAUUCUUAGGGCAGCAGAGAGUGGAAACGCGGAGGAUUUCAUGCGGCUGUACCUGAGCGAGCCGUCGCGACUGGCCGUCCGCGACGUCAGGGGACGCACCGUGGCGCACCAAGCGGCCGCCAGGAACACUACCAAUAUACUGCACAUCAUCACCAACUAUGGUGGCGAUCUAAACGCGCAGGACAACAAUGGCAACACCCCGCUGCACGUGGCCGUCGAGAACGAGGCUCUCGACGCCAUCGACUUCCUGCUGCAACAGCACGUGGACACGGGGAUCAGAAACGUGAAGUGCCAGGCGCCCAUCCAUCUGGCCACGGAGCUCAAUAAAGUGACCGUUCUCCAGACCUUCGCGAAGUACAAGAGCCAGUUCGACGUAGACCUGGGCGGCGAACACGGCCGGACCGCGCUGCACUUUGCCGCCAUACACGACCACGACCUAUGCGCCAGAGUGCUGAUCACCGACCUUGGCGCCAUCUGCAAGCGACCGUGCAACAACGGUUACUACCCCAUCCACGAGGCUGCCAAGAACGCUUCCUCACGGACCAUGGAGGUCUUCCUUCAGUGGGGAGAAUCUCUAGGAUGCACUAGGGAACAGAUGAUAUCCCUAUAUGACAACGAGGGUAACGUGCCGCUCCACUCGGCCGUGCACGGCGGCGACAUCAAGGCCGUGGAGCUGUGCCUGCGCUCCGGCGCCAAGAUCUCCACGCAGCAGCACGACCUGUCCACGCCCGUGCAUCUGGCGUGUGCCCAGGGCGCUCUAGAAAUCGUCAAGCUAAUGUUCACGAUGCAGCCCAAAGAGAAGCUAGCCUGCCUGACCUCCUGCGACGUACAGCGCAUGACCCCCCUCCACUGUGCCGCCAUGUUUGACCACCCGGACAUUGUCGACUACCUGGUGCAGGAGGGAUCAGAUAUCAACCCCUUGGAUAAGGAGAGGAGGUCACCCCUGCUGUUGGCUGCUUCGAGGGCUGGGUGGCGCACGGUACAUACACUGAUCCGCCUGGGUGCCGAUAUCCGACUGAAGGACAUCAACUCCCGCAAUGUGCUGCACCUGGUCGUCAUGAACGGUGGCCGGCUCGAAGACUUCGCUGCCAACUGCAAGGACCGCUGUGAGAAGAGCCUAGCUGAACUUCUAAACGAGAAGGACAUGACCGGCUGCUCUCCCCUCCACUACGCGAGCCGGGAGGGCCACAUCAGAUCCCUCGAGAACCUCAUCAGGCUGGGAGCCUGCAUCAACCUGAAGAACAACAAUAACGAGAGCCCUCUGCACUUUGCUGCCAGAUACGGGCGCUACCACACCGCCUGCCAACUGCUGGACUCUGACAAGGGCACGUUCAUCAUCAACGAGAGCGACGGCGAGGGGCUGACGCCGCUGCACAUCGCCUCGCGCGAGGGCCACACGCGCGUCGUCCAGCUGUUGCUCAACCGCGGCGCGCUACUGCAUAGGGACCACAAUGGCAGGAACCCACUUCACUUAGCUGCGAUGAGCGGCUACACGCAAACCAUUGAGCUACUGAGGUCCGUGCACUCUCAUUUGCUGGACCAGGUGGAUAAAGAUGGGAACACACCCCUCCACCUAGCAACCAUGGAGAACAAGCCCAACUCUAUAGCUCUGCUGUUGUCUAUGGGCUGCCGUCUCAGCUAUAACAACAUGGACAUGAGCGCUAUAGACUACGCCAUCUAUUACAAGUUCCCGGAAGCAGCUUUGGCUAUGGUCACCCACGAACAGAGGGCCCACGAGGUGAUGGCGCUCCGUUCGGACCGGCACCCGUGCGUGACGCUGGCGCUGAUCGCGUACAUGCCGCGCGUCUUCGAGGCCGUGCAGGACAAGUGCAUCACCAAGGCCAACUGCAAGAAGGACAGCAAGAGCUUCUACAUCAAGUACAACUUCGAAGCCCUUUGCCCCGUCCUAACAGACGACGAGACGAAGAAACAAGACGUGGUCCCAAAGUCCCAGACCGUACCGCUCCCGGCGCUGAACAUUAAGUAUUCUUUUGGCAACUACCAACACUCGAAGGCGGAGUUGGACGCGCUGAGAGUAGCGAUCAACGAUCCGAAGUAUAGGCCGGAACCGUUGUCCGUAGUCAACGCGAUGGUAGCCCACGGGAGGGUAGAACUGCUGGCUCACCCCCUCAGCCAGAAAUACCUCCAGAUGAAGUGGCACUCGUACGGGAAGUACUUCCACCUGGCCAACCUCCUCUUCUACAGCAUAUUCCUCAUGUUUGUCACCGUGUACUCGUACUUGCUGAUGAUGAAUACGGACUCCAGCUUCGACGGGGAGAAGUGCGAGACGAAGAACUCGAGUAAGGGGAAUGACACGGGGAAGAAUGGGACGGAGGUGUACUGUCGGAAUAGAGGGGAUUUUCAUGCAAAUUUCGAGGUUCUAGUAACAAUGUACACGAGCACUGUCGCCAUUUUGAUCCACAACGCCCUCUGUCUGGUGCUGGGAGCAUACAAGAUGAAGGAACAGAAGUGGCACUACAUGGUGGACCCGUCCAACCUGGUGUCCUGGGUCCUGUACAUAUGCUCCACCAUCAUGGUUCUGCCUACCGUCGUUGGCAUCUACACGGAGAUACAGUUCUCUGCCGCGUCCAUCACCGUGUUCCUGUCCUGGUUCGAGCUGCUGCUGCUCCUCCAACGUUUCGACACCGUCGGCAUCUACGUGGUCAUGUUCCUGGAGAUCCUGCAGACUCUCCUCAAAGUGCUGAUGGUCUUCUCCAUACUCAUCAUCGCGUUUGGACUCGCAUUCUUUAUACUGCUGUCAAAAGGUCACCACUUGUCUUUCAACAGCAUACCCAUGUCUCUAAUGCGGACCUUCGCAAUGAUGCUAGGGGAGAUAGACUUCGUCGGGACGUACGUGCAACCCUACUACGAGUCUGAAACAGACAGGAUCCUGCCUUUCCCGAUGCCGACGUUUGUGAUCCUGGGGACCUUCAUGGUGCUGAUGCCGAUUCUGCUGAUGAACUUGCUCAUCGGUUUGGCGGUUGGCGACAUUGAGAGCGUCAGGAGGAAUGCGCAGUUGAAGAGAUUGGCUAUGCAGGUGGUGCUACACACAGAGCUAGAGCGGAAACUGCCCAGCAUUCUGCUGGAGAAGGUGGACAAGAACGAGCUGAUCGAGUAUCCCAACAACAAGAACUGCAAGCUCGGCUUCCUCGACCUGCUGCUGAGGAAGUGGUUCUGUAACCCCUUCACUGACGACGCCAGCUUAGACCUCGUGCUAGAGAGCAGUGAAGACUACAUCAGCGCAGAACUAGAUAAACAGAAGAGGAGGUUACGAGAGAUGUCACAACUUCUAGAACAACAACACACGCUAAUACGACUUGUAGUACAGAAAAUGGAGAUAAAAACAGAAGCCGACGACGUAGACGAGGGCGUGUCGCCGAGCGACACCCGCGUGGUCCCGCGGUGGAGCUCCCCGCGCAUCCGCAAGAAGCUGCGCACAGCGUCAUCUUUCAACAAGAGCUAA